ACAGGAAUAGUUAUCUGCUUAGUCUCAUCCUUCAUAUUUGGCAAUCUGAGGGAAAGGUCUGAGCCAGCAUGAAGACGGAAUCUCUUCUUCAUUAGAGAAAAACUUUCUGCCUGACGCAGUUCAUUUCAAGAAGUGCACGAUGACAGAGCGUGGAAUUAAAUGGGCUUGUGAGUAUUGUACAUAUGAAAAUUGGCCAUCUGCAAUCAAAUGUACCAUGUGCCGUGCUCAGAGACCUAGUGGAACAAUUAUCACAGAAGAUCCAUUUAAAAGUGGUUCAAGUGAUAUUGGUAGAGACUGGGAUCCUACGAGCACUGAAGGAGGGAGUAGUCCUUUGAUAUGCCCAGAUUCUAGUGCAAGACCAAGGGUUAAAUCGUCAUACAGUAUGGAAAGUGCAAAUAAAUGGUCAUGCCACAUGUGCACGUACUUGAACUGGCCAAGAGCGAUAAGAUGUACUCAGUGCUUGUCUCAGCGCAGGACCAGGAGUCCCACAGAAUCUCCUCAGUCUUCAGGAUCUGGUUCAAGACCAGUUCCUUUUUCUGUUGAUCCAUGUGAGGAGUACAAUGACAGAAAUAAACUCAACACAAGGGCUCAGCACUGGACUUGUUCUGUUUGUACAUAUGAAAACUGGGCGAAGGCCAGAAAAUGCGUUGUGUGUGAUCAUCCCAGACCUAACAACAUAGAAGCAAUAGAACUGGCAGACACAGAAGAAGCUUCUUCGAUCAUAAAUGAGCAAGACAGAGCUCGAUGGAGAGGAAGCUGUAGUAGUGGUAAUAGCCAAAGACGAUCUCCACCUACAACCAAACGUGAAUCUGAAGUAAAAAUGGACUUCCAAAGAAUUGAAUUGGCUGGAGCUGUUGGCAGCAAGGAAGAGCUUGAAGUUGACUUCAAAAAACUAAAGCAAAUAAAAAAUAGAAUGAAAAAGACUGACUGGCUGUUUUUAAAUGCUUGUGUUGGUGUUGUAGAAGGUGAUUUAGCUGCUGUUGAGGCUUACAAGUCGUCAGGAGGAGAUAUUGCACGCCAGCUUACUGCAGAUGAAGUACGCCUGCUAAAUCGCCCUUCUGCUUUUGAUGUUGGGUACACGCUUGUACAUCUGGCUAUACGCUUUCAGAGACAAGAUAUGCUAGCAAUUUUGCUUACGGAGGUAUCACAACAUGCAGCGAAGUGCAUUCCUGCCAUGGUGUGUCCAGAGGUUACAGAACAAAUUCGUCGCGAAAUUGCUGCAUCUCUUCAUCAGCGAAAGGGAGACUUUGCUUGCUAUUUUCUAACUGACCUUGUAACAUUUACAUUACCUGCAGAUAUUGAAGACUUACCGCCCACAGUCCAAGAAAAGUUAUUUGAUGAAGUACUUGAUAGAGAUGUUCAGAAAGAGCUAGAAGAGGAAUCUCCCAUUAUUAACUGGUCACUGGAAUUGGGUACGCGCUUGGACAGCAGAUUAUAUGCACUUUGGAAUCGGACUGCAGGGGACUGCCUGCUUGAUUCAGUACUACAAGCCACUUGGGGCAUUUACGACAAGGAUUCAGUGCUGCGGAAAGCUCUUCACGACAGUUUACAUGACUGCUCACAUUGGUUCUAUACACGCUGGAAAGAGUUGGAAUCGUGGUAUUCCCAAAGCUUUGGUUUACAUUUCUCAUUGCGAGAGGAACAGUGGCAGGAAGACUGGGCAUUCAUACUCUCUCUUGCGAGCCAGCCUGGAGCAAGUUUGGAGCAGACACACAUUUUUGUACUUGCACAUAUUCUUAGAAGACCAAUUAUAGUUUAUGGAGUAAAAUAUUAUAAGAGUUUCCGAGGAGAAACAUUAGGAUAUACCCGUUUUCAAGGUGUAUAUUUGCCUUUGUUAUGGGAACAGAGUUUUUGUUGGAAAAGUCCUAUUGCUCUGGGCUACACAAGGGGCCAUUUCUCUGCUCUGGUUGCCAUGGAGAACGAUGGUUAUGGCAAUCGAGGCGCUGGUGCUAACUUGAACACUGACGAUGAUGUUACUGUUACUUUUUUACCGUUGGUUGAUAGUGAGAGGAAAUUAUUGCACAUUCACUUCCUUUCUGCUCAAGAGAUAGGUAAUGAAGAGCAGCAAGAAAAGCUGCUUCGGGAAUGGCUGGACUGCUGCGUGACAGAAGGAGGAGUUCUCGUUGCUAUGCAGAAAAGCUCUCGUAGGCGCAAUCAUCCUCUGGUCACCCAAAUGGUAGAGAAGUGGCUUGAUCGCUACCGACAGAUCCGCCCUUGUACAUCCCUUUCCGAUGGUGAGGAAGAUGAGGAUGAUGACGAUGAAUGAGGAGGAAAUGGAAAAGAAAAUUACCAGCGCAUAGUGUCUGACCUGGAGUUAGCAUUGUGCUAUAGCAGUUCGUUGUGGAACGACCUAAUUCUAGAAGAAACAUGCUGUAAAGGAUUUUUCUAACCAGCAUGGGGAGAAUCUAGACGCUCAUCUGCUGCGAGAAGAGAGCUAAAUGGGCUGGACUACCAUUUGUACAAAAACAAAAAGAAACAAAAAAACAGCUAAUUUUAUUAUCAAGACAGAAAAAACAUUUUUCUCUCUGAUUGUAAAUCUGUCUAUAAAUGUACCGCAUGUGGUUGUGUAAGAGGUUGUGUAAUAGGAAAAGUAUACCAGCAUCUUAAUUAUCGCAAAGAAAUUUUUCAACUAAGGGCACUUACGAAAGCACAUAUUAGAUGGAUAUCUGUUCCCUUUGAGAUUCUUUUACAGUAGUAGAACUUGGUAUUCUACAUCAUCUUUUAGAUACUCUGACACAUUUCCGUGAAAGGCCCUUUCAAUGUGAAAUCUCACUAGUGCCCAAGUCAGAUUGUGAGGUUUUUUUUUGUUUGCACAAAAUAUCCACAGCAAGUCAUAAGUAAAAAUACAUUCAUUACUUUAUUAAUAUUUUAGUUACUGCUGUGCCCACUAUAAUAAAAUCUAAUCUCUACGGAACAAACUGGAAGAGAAGCUAAAUUUUUCAUUGAGUGAAAUGAUCUGUUUCCUGAAAAAGUAUUUUCUAUGUCUUUUUUUUCCUUCUAAUAGCUAAUAGAUUCUUUCAAUAUGCUUAAGAAUAUUUAUUCAGAGAAGUGACCUAAAAUAAUAAGGGUUUUAUUUCAGUGAGCGAAUGCUAAACAAAUUUGUGUGAAACUUGAGAACUCAAACAUGACUUGAGAAUUUCAUAUUGUCCAAACUCAAUCUUGCUGUGAUACAAACUCUAUCAUUUUAUCAUUUAUUCUUUCAUCAAGCUAAAUGUUGCUGCAAAUGAAAAAACACCUUUUUAAAGGGUUGCUCCUUGGUCGUUAAAUCUAGUGAGAAAACACAUGGCAGUUCUAAUUAAAAAGAAGAAUCUAUGCUAAAGUUGUUUUUAAAGCACUGUGUUAUGUAUUUCUCAGUAUGUAAACCUGGGAAUUUCUUGCAUGUUGAUUGAUGUGGCCAUACUUAAACUUAUGUAAGUUCCUAAGAUUGUAAGUUCAGAGUAUAUUCUCCAGUAGAAAUUUUAUUAUAUUUGAUAACUUUAGCCAUGUAACCUGUAAUGGAUAAAGUUUAUCUAAAGUCUCACUUAAACACUAAAGGUUAAUGCCAGUUUUCACAUAUACAGUGCAAUUCAGGUUGUCUUGAAAAGCACUUUUGAUGGUGUGGUGGUUGAAUAAGGAAUUCUGCAGUAGAUGAAAUUGUUUUACUUAGAAUUUGGAAAGAAGCCCCAUAGCACAUAUUUUUAUGUAGUUCAGAGCUAUGGAAACCCUGAGGAACUUGCUGCUUUUUCUUCCAAAUGCUGCUUAGAUGGUGUUGAAACGUGCACAAAUUCCUACAGAAACUUGGUGACAACACCAAAAGUAUAGAAAUAAUGAAGUACUGUAUUAACUUAGCAAUUUUCCCAUCACAGAUUCCAUUGAGGUUUAUUAUGAAAUGUUUUCACCUUUUUGGCCAUUAGAUCUCCUCUGAUUGGUGCAUGCGCAAAUUUUCAGGUAAAAGAAUGCAUGUUUAUCUGCAAUAUACGUAUGAUUUACCUGAAUUAAAUAGGCAAAUCGCAGAUACUGAAGAGGUUCCUUAAAAGCAUAUAGUCCUGUUUCAAGUUUACUUUCUAAAUUUUUUUUUGAUUUUUUUUUUUUUUGGUCCUUCCGAUUUCUUCUUACCUUGCAGUGAAAUCCUUGUAUACUUUGUCUAGUUGAUGACUUAAAAAGGAAUCCCUGUCGGGGGAACUGAAUGCAGAGUAAGCUGGGAUGAGAAUUUACAUUGUGUGAGCUGGUCUGCACCGUCUGCUAGGGUGGGUGUCAUCUUCCUGGCAUGGUGCGACUGAGACGCUUGAGGGUCCUUGUGGUUCCGGACUGCGCAUCCCAACGCAGGAAGUACACGUGCAAUGACCAGAUUGCUGUAAAUUCGUAACCCAGCUUCCCCAGGGCUAACUUCCCUGGGCAGACACUUGUUUAAAUAGACAAAAAGAUGGGCUCCCACCUUCAGUAGGCUACUUCAAGGGACGUGUCAAAGCCGUGCACAACUUCCCCCCUGGCCCCGCACCCCUUUGGAUUUGCAGUAAUGUUCCACUCAAGGAAGGAAAGCUUCCUUGGAAAACGGGGAGAAAAACUAAUGUGAAAAUCUACCUUGAGCCAAAUUCUCCUGAGAGCCUGCCUUGCCUUCUCUCUCAUUGUGAUACGUGGGCAGCCUGUGUUGUGAUCCGAUUGCCCCCCGUCCCCAGCAAACACUUUAUGUGGCAAGUGGACGUUUCCCGUACAGCCAGUUAGAGCUGUUGGUAAGAAGCAUGCACCGCGCUCUCUGCUACUCAGCUAGUCCUGGUAGGAGAGGACAGUCCUGGUACUUCAGAGCUGUUGGGCUUGCUCGCGCAUUGUUUUGUUCUGAUGUGCUGUAAAAUGGUAUGUUCAGGUUAAUGAGCUUCACCGGUCAGUUCGGAGCUGGUGAAGCGUCUCUUUUUCAAAAUCGAAGCAACCCAAACCUCAUGUACCUGUAGAUUAAAGAGAUGCAAACCUUUCCUGCUUUGCACUAGCACCGUGGUCAGUGUAUGUUAAUGGGUACUCUCCUUGAAUUGCAUACUUGAAAGUUUACAAAUACUGAUACUAAUUUGCAAAAGCUACCUUGCAGCUUGUUGGCAAGUUCUGCUCUAUUAGCCAAGUAUAGAUACAAUUUGUUUUCUUGAUGGUAUUUUCCCUGUACGUCUGCUCGCAGUAGCACGUGCUUUCCUAGCACAGAACUUGGCUUUUCGUUGCUACCGCCUUUACAUCUGGUCCUUUUUUCUAGUUUGUUUAUGAAUUUCUCAGUGAAAAAUCUGUUUCUCUUCUGUUUUAAAUAUAUUACAAUACAGUAAUUCUGGAUUCUUCCAGAGUUCCUGCUGCAUGGCUUAUGGCAAAUACCAUUAGAAUGUGUUUACUCCAUUAACAAAGUAGCUUUGCUUGCAUUUAGAGACCCUUAAAUUUCUUCUCUUUUGUUCUCACCCUCACCCUCUCCCCUCCCUCUCACCCUCUUUUGUUCAGUAACUUUCUUUUACUCCCCCCCUCCUUUUUAUUUUUUUACUUUUAUUUUGUUUGGAGUGUCCGUCGCCUUCAAGCUGCUUGUUUUAAACUACUCUGGCAUCCUUGAUCGAUGGGAAGACUCCCCGUCUGCCGCAGUAUGGUUCCCUGUCAGCAAGUAACAGGCGCAAAUCUCGAGCAGCAACUACUUAUCUGUGGUUUCCUUGCCCAGUAACUUUUCCAUUUGAAAGGUGCAACAUCCUGCUUCAUGUUGCUUCAAUGUAUCUUAAGUGUGAUGAUAGUCUUCCCUUUCUGCUUCCAUGUAAUCUUCUCUUUGCAUAUUUUGCUGGUGUUUGCACUACGGACACUUGAAACCUGAAAGCGGAGGGUAACUUUUAAAACUGCCGUCUUGUUACUAAAAUGCUUGCUUUAGUCUGUAGCCUUUGGAUCUCUUUUUUUUUUUUUUUUUCUUUUUUCCUUGUUGAACUUGUAGCACUUUAGUAGAAAGCUCUCUGCCUACAUUUGCAUCUGGGAGUUUUGGGUUAGGGGAGGGAUUGGAUGAGAAAUACGGCAUUUGCCAUUUUCGGUGAGGUUUGGGCUAGGCCUCUUCCUUUGCUGGUGCAGAGUCCACUGCUGGCAGUGGAUGCACGAGGAGCCCUGGCGCAACAAGAUGCUGCUCCGCAGGAGAGUACUGGCACCCAUCUGCGACGCACCUGCUUAUUUAAAAACAAAUGAAAGUACCAGAGCUAGUUUAUUUUUAAAAUAAUUCUAAACCUUAACAUGAAUUAAAUGUUUUCUCUUGGUUUUUACCGUCAUUUCAAUGUUUCCCAAAUACUCUCUUUGUAACUAACCUGUUUUAUCCUCCUGGUUUCUCGUGGUGUUUUUGGAUAAUCACUGAUGUGCUGUGUUGAUCAUUGACAAAGAAUGGUCACUCAUCUAUGAGAUGUGACCUUUUUUAACAUGUUUGAAGCUGGUAACUAGUUUUCAGUUUAAUUUAAAGCAAACAAAAAAUACAGAGUUUUGUAACCUAGA